UUCUUUUAUUGUGAUUUGUGCUUUGGCUUUGGUUUAACUUUAAUCAAGUCUUUAUCCAAGCCUAAGCUAGAGAUUUAUAGUCUGUUACGUAGCUCUAGUCUUGAGACUUGAUUGUUCUAUCAUCUGAUCGGACUGUCCUAGAAUACUAGAUAUCCAAAUCUAUUUCUAGAUCUAUAACCUACAUUUGUAUUACAAUGCCUAAAUACGGGACAUCGUUUAAUGCGCUUUGGCUUGAAAAAGAUAUAAUACAGAUCUUGGCUUCAAAAAUCAUCCGUCAGUGACACCAAAGCCUUUUGUCGUCAUUGUAAAAAACAAAUUGACAUAUUAUGCAUGGGUGAAGCAGCACUUAAAUCUCAUAUGAAAUCAGAUAAACACAAGCGAGAGUCUGGAAAGUCAGAUGGCUGCUUAAUGAUUGCACCCAUAUUUGCUAAAAAGGCUGCUACAGUUACAGCGACUGUCACUUGUCCUACAGCUAUGCCACCAACCCCACAGGUGCAAGCUGCUCAAGUCAUUGAUCCUAGCCAAAAUAUACCAACAACCUCUACGUCAACCCAGGCGCAAUCAUCAAUCAAAUCUCACGUGACCACAGAGGAGACAAUCAACGCAGAGAUACUAUGGGCUUUGAAAGUGGUGUGUUCUCAUUACAGUUGCCAUGAUAUUGCUGAUCAUUUUGCUCGAAUGUUUCCUGACAGCAACAUAGCUAAAAAAAUGUCUUGUGGAAAAGACAAAAUAUCCUAUCUUGUGUCUUUUGGGCUUGGUCCUUAUUUCCAGGAUCUUCUAAAGGACAAGCUCAAAACUGUGAAUGAUGGUUUUGUACUAUUGUUUGACGAAUCUCUAAAUCGAGAACUAAACAAGAAACAAAUGGAUAUGCAUGUCAGAUACUGGGAUACAGAUAAGGUUGUUACAAGAUACUAUGGCUCUGCUUUCCUGGGUCAUGCUACUGCUCAAGAUAUGCACCAAAAAUUAUGUGAAAACUUUCACUUUGACGGAAAAAGUGUUGUUCAGAUAUCAAUGGAUGGCCCCAAUGUCAACUGGGCCUUGUUCAAAUUACUCAGUGAGGACCUCCAGAAAGCAUCAGAAAAAAAGUUUGUGGACAUUGGCAGUUGUGGGCUUCAUACAAUGCACAAUGCUUUUCGUGCAGGCCUUGCAUCAACUGGCUGGGAACUGGGUCAUUUUUUCUCAUCGCUGUCUUGGCUUUUCAAAGAUACCCCAGCAAGAAGGGAAGACUUCACAUCACUAACUGGCAGCAGUGAUUUUCCUCUUGAACACUGUCAGCAUCGAUGGGUGGAGAAUGUUGAGGUGGCAGAGAGAGCUCUCAAAGUAUGGCCCCACGUAAAAAAAUUCAUUCAGUCUUUAAUUACUGCUAAAAAGGCAAUCAACACAAAGUCUUUUGAGCACCUGAAAGGCUGUAUGGAUGAUGUACUACUAAUUGCCAAAAUUGAAAGCUUCAUAUCCAUUGCAAAGGUUUUGCAACCUUUUUUAAAAAGAUAUCAAACAGAUGCACCACUGUUGCCCUUUAUGGCCCAAGACCUCUUCAACAUGCUUCGGUCAUUGUUGCAAAGAUUUGUGACACCAGCUGUUUUUAAAGAAUGCACUUCAGUUACAGCACUGCUUAGUGCAGAUUUGUCUGAUAUAAAAAAUCUUCUGCCUCCUGGAGAAGUUGACAUAGGUUUUAAAGCCAAAUCUGCUGUGUAGGAAAU